UCAUUGCGCAGUUUGGAUCAUGUUUAUCAACCGCUCUUCUUUUCCCACGCACCAAUUUGGGGAAUUUUGUGCGUUUCGGAGGAAAUUUAUAUAGGAGCUUGUACAAGAAACAGUUCAUGUGAAUGUCCUCUUUGUGUGAGACUUCUCCAAAGGACAUGAGGGUUAGAUCCCUCCAAGAGCUGGACAUCUAUGGUUCCUUUCUCCUCUUAUCCCAAGACAGAGGGUCUCAUUCCUGUUUCUGAUCCCAGUAAUUCCCCCCUCCCCAAGUCUUUCCCUAAUUCAUGAGCCAGCAGGAUGCAUCAUGUGUGCGAGCCCUCUCUGAGCGUCUCCUCAUAGCCUCGCACAAGGGCCAAGCUGAACAUGUGGUUCAGCUCAUCAACAAAGGGGCCAAGGUAGCCAUUACCAAGAACGGCAGAACACCUCUGCAUUUGGCUGCCUAUAAGGGCCACAUUGCUGUUGUGAGGAUUCUUCUGGCGGCUGGUUGUGACCUGGAUAUUCAGGAUGAUGGUGACCAGACGGCCUUACACAGAGCAGCUGUGGUGGGAAACGGUGAUGUCAUUUCAGCUCUCAUUCAGGAAGGAUGUGCACUAGAUAGACAAGACAAGGAUGGAAACACCGCAUUACAUGAGGCUGCAUGGCAUGGCUUUAGUCAGUCGGUCAAACUGCUGGUGAAGGCUGGAGCCAACGUUCAUGCUAAAAACAAGGCAGGAAACACAGCUCUUCAUCUGGCGUGUCAGAACGGUCAUGCUCAAAGCUCUAAAGUCCUGCUGCUGGGCGGCUCUCGUCCCGACAGUAAAAACAGCGUAGGUGACACGUGUCUGCAUGUGUCUGCACGAUACAACCAUGUGAGUGUGAUCCGAGCGCUUCUGGGGGCCAUCUGCUCAGUGACUGAAAGAAAUCAUGCAGGAGACACAGCUUUGCAUAUUGCAGCUGCUCUGAAUCACAGGAAGACUGUACGCAUGUUACUGGAGACUGGGGCCGACAGCCGCGUCAGAAACAAUGCUGGAGAGACGGCCCUCGAUCAGGCUCGUGAAAAUGAUAAUCCUGAAGUGGCACUGCUGCUCACCAAAGCUCCACAGAGCUUCACUCGAGGACGCACUGUGAGGAAGAGGAGGGAUAGGAUGAAGACAGAGGGUCGAGCACAGUCCGUUCCACGUGACGAGAUGCUGCCGAGAAAGGACAGUGCAUCUCCUGCGAAUGACACUCAUGGAAGUGAAAAUUCUCUACGCCGGAAUGAGAGUGUGUGUGUCACAGAGGCACGUCCAAACAAAAACAGUGAGAAGAAAGUCAAAGAGAGGCUAUCGUCAUCAGAUGCCCUCAUUCGAAGACAAAAUAAACCCAGUGAUCAUAAAAAGAAGAGUAAACCAGAGAGAUCAUUGGCUGUUCCUCCUCCUCCUCAUAACUACAAGGCGUACCAGCUCUAUACUCUCUACAGAGGCAAAGAUGGCAAGAUCAUGCAGGCCCCAGUGAAUGGCUGCAGGUGUGAACCUCUCAUUAACAAACUGGAGAAUCAGCUCAUGGCUACGAAAGAGGAAAUGCAGUCAGAGAUUCACACUGUACAAGAGCUCAUGAACAGCAAGAUGGGCCAAAUGGAGCGCAAGAACAAACAUCAGAUCAGAGCUCUAGAUAAGAUCACGUUAGAGAGAGUGUCUGCUGAGAGGAUUGAAUGUUUACAUCGCAUUGACAAGCGAGCCAUACAAGAACGCUUGGAAGGAGAAAAAAGACAGACAUCAGUAGUCAACGAUCUCAAGAACUGGUGCCUUUCUAAGAUCCAAAGUUUGGAGACACGACUUUCUGGCGAUCGCAGCACCACCAAGUUACAGCGCUCCUCAUCCCUCACCGACACGCAUUCAGAUUGUGAUCCCCAUUCCUACACAGCUGUAUUGGAUACAUCUGGUACCAAAGCAUGUUACUCUCCAUCAACAAAUCAACCAGAGGCGAAAGAUGGAAGAGAGACUGGAGCGGCGUCCACGAGUCCUGAGGAUGGAUCAGCCGGUUACUAUGUGAUUGAGGUGGACCGCGUCUCACCGGAUAAGCAGUCUUCGCAGAAUCAAUCUGCUCCCCAGUCUCCUUGUAUAGUUCGACCUAAACAACGAUCCCGGGCCUGUAGUGACCCUCACAGAGCGCCAGAAGAGCCUCAGGAUUUGAGUCUGGAGCUGAGACCUGUCCCCGAUCAGUGCUCCGAGCACAGGAACCUCAAAAGACGCUCCCAGCAAAGAACAAAGAGCAAACAGAACACUCAAACCACGACAAGUUCAGGAGACCCGCACACGGCCGAGGCUUCCUUCGCCCAGGAGCGGGAAAACAUGCACGCGUUGGAGGUUACGCAGUACUUUUUUGAGGCAGUGACUCUGCAGAUGGAGCGCUGGUAUGAACGCAAGAUCGAAGAAGCACGCUGGCAAGCUAACCAGAGAGCCCAGGCUGACAGAGCCGCUCUGCUGGACAGAAUAAGCUACCUUGAGGAUGAACUCAGACUGCUGAGAACUAACAAACAGGAGGAGAGCUAGUACAUAAGAUACCACUGGCGUAGCAGACACUGUAACUUCUGGAUGCAUUAGUGAAGUUCGAUAGAGCAGCUAACACGUGAAGAUAACACUGCAGUAGCAAACGUCAGGAGAAGUAACAUUUAAACAGAUUUAGAGCUGAAACAUACUCUAACGCAAACGCUUCAAGCUACACGAGUUUGAUUUCAUUUGCCAUUACGCAGUUCAUAACAGAGGGCAAACGCAUUCUUAGCGCUGUUACAGGAAGCGCUAUAGUGGGCAUUAGCAUAAACCGUCUGCUGAGGUUUGUUGCCGCCAGAGUAACACAAGAAUGCACUUUAUGUACAGCGGAACUGAACGGAAUGUCAGAGUCCUGUUCAAAAAUUCAAAAAUUUGUGUCUGUGCUUGCAUACAUGCAUGGGUUGUGUAUCUGACUUUACAGACGUAACAUCAUGACAAACCGUCACUGCCAAAGGUCUGUUCAAACUCCAGGUUUUAACCACUUUGAUAAUGCACUACAAAGAUAAGUCUGUUUUAUUGUAAAAGCAAAUUCAAAGAACAAAAACGUCACAUAUACUGUAGAAUUUAAAAGUGUCUAAAUCAUGCCGCUACUUUGGAGGUUUGCCAGAUCAAAACCAGUGAACACUGAAACACUGACAAAUAAAAGUAACAAAAUCCAUCACAAGAAGUGCUGUGAUAUAAGCAAGUAUUAGUUUAUUUUGUAACAUCUUUGUAUAUGGACUUUUUUGCACAAAAUGAAAUGUCUUAACCUGUGAUGUUUAAUUGAGAACUUUGAUGUAGUUUGUAGGGUGGGUAUAAAAACAUUCAAUUAAAUAAGUGUUUGUAACAGA